AUGUUUCUAUAACUUUUUUAAUAAAUAAAUACAAAUGUUACAAAAAUGAUAAUUUAAAUUUAUUUUGGAAAGCAGUUACACCUACAAUAUUUUGUAUUAUAAAAGCUGAGAUGAUAUUUUAGGUUACUGGUUUAUGUAAGUUACUGGUUAAAAAACCGUUCGAAUGUGGUUUAUAAAUGGCGUAAUAGAAACAAAUUAACAGACUAUUUUGUUGAAUUACGAUGAGAGUGAUAAGAAGAAUAAAGCAUUUUUUUGCGUUGACAGUAGCUGUUGUACUCGUUUUUAUAUCAUAUAAAAAGAUUUAUUUUAAUAAAAUAUUUUUAAAGACUCGUUAUCUUAAUGUUUUUGAACACAGAACAAAAAGUCAGUUUUAUAAACUGGAAACUUCAAACUUUAUUCAAAGCGGUUCGAUUUCAAAGGAAAAAUGCUGGGAAAAAAUUUACGAUGCUAACAUAAACAUUGUUUCCUCGCCACAAACUGCACUGUGUUUAUUUAAACCUCUCAAAGUAAAAGAAAAAAAUGAAUACAUAAAAAGUAUUGUUGUUUUAGGAGUUGGAUGUCAUGUAGGACCUGCAGCAGAUAAUAAAGAAAUAUUACCAAAAGCAGGUUACAAGUAUAUUAGUUGGCAAAUCAGAGAUAAAAAGUUUAAUGAACUUAAGAGCAAACUUGUUCAUGGUUAUUCAAAGGAACAUUUAAAAUUAACGCAAGAACUUUUUUGGAAAGCGUACAAAAAUGAUUCUGAACUAAUUGAAGCAGACAUUAUUGUUUGUGGGUUUGAUGCUUGGCAUUGUUUGAUAUUUGCACCAUUUAAUAAAAAAAUUGUUUUAAAUAGCAGUUACCGGUUUGACGGACACAUAGCAACAUCAUUCAAUGAAAUGGCUCAGUUACAAAAAGAACUUUAUGAUGCUGUAAGGUAUAACCCUGACGUUAUUAUGGCUGGUAGUAUUAUUUAUGAUGUAAUGUAUCAGCAACAUUACCUCGGGUCUCAUAAAAUAAUACCAUUGCCUGCUUCCUGUGAAUACGUUCAAAAUCAAGUUAAAAAAGAUAUACGCGACAAAAAAAACUGCUUCAAUAAAUGUAAAAAAGCUAAUAACAAAACUUUGGUUAUGAUAUUCCCUAAACGUUUGUCGAAUGGCGGGAGAAUAGUUGCUGAUGAAAUAAUUCGUGAGGCGGAAAAAAUGGAACGAACUUUUGAAAUAAAAAAUUUUCAGCAAUGUUUUCCAAAUGGGUAUAAUUACUGUCAUAUGGAACAACUAGAGGUUGGAAUUAUGCUAGGAUAUUCUGUGAUGUCGUAUUUUAAUUGUGAAGUUGCUAACAUAGGCGUACCGUUAUUUGUACCUUCACCUAAAUUAUACGCUAACUACGAAAAACAAUAUCAUCUAGUGGAAGAACGAAAACAAAGAAUACAACAUACGUCUUACGAUGCUAUGAGACAGAGUAACAGAUCUUUAAACUAUGGAUACAACCCUAAUGACGACUUCAAUGAAACCGCACUUCAACGUUGGCUAAGUUAUUCCGACUAUUACUACUACGGAGGUGUUGAACAGUUCGAUAGUUAUGAAGAGCUUUUCCGUAAAAUUACGACUGUAAACUUAACCAAUUUAAAACAAAAAGCUCAUAAACACCGCAUUGAGAAUAAUAAAAUUGUAGUUGAUCACUGGCAAGCAAUAAUGAAGUAUUUUUAUGGAGAUUCUGAUUAUUAUCAUGAAAAACCUUAUACACCCAGCACAUUAAAUGAUGGAUUAGAAAUGUGGAGGAAAUCUGUAAGCAGACCAAGCCUUACAUCAACUGGUGAAAAAAACUUUGAUGGGCUUCCCGUUAUAACAAUUAUGCUUGAGGAUUUAAAUGAAGUUAUUCCAGAAUGUUUUAAAUAUAAAAAUGAAUUUAUUAUUGUGUUAUUAACAAACAGAACUGAAACAAUUAAUGGAUGCAAAUUGAUAAAUUAUGUAGCGCUUUUAGAUGAAUUAAAUUGGUUUGACAAUAAACAUUUUCCAAAAUCAAUACAAUGGGAAACAGUUGCCAUGAUAAUGUACGCAAUAACUUUACGCCCAAGUAGAAUUAUUACAUUUACAAAGACACAGUGUAUUUCUAACUACUGUUUUAUAUCGGAUGAGUUUGAUUUUCUCCAACUUAAAAGUACAUGGAAAAUGUCAGUAUAUGAGUCAACGCAGUUUUGGUACAUGUUUGCACCUGAGGAUUUCCAAAUAUUUGACAACUGGAUAAAAACUCUGGCUUCUUAUACAAGUGAACUGCAUUCCGUGUCAAAAUGCAGAACUUGUUUUCAAACUAAUAAAAUUAUAUUUUCCGAAGAAGAAAUUGAGUACCUAAGUUCAUAUUUACAUUAUUGGAAAAGUGAUGAAACGGAAAGUUUUUUUCACGUCAUUGAUCAGUUGAACUUUGAACUUGCGGUUCGUGGUUAUCUUUCAAAACUGCACGCUAAACUCCACCGUUGGUUGUUGCAAAAACUUGUACAAUUAGGAUAUAGUAAACUACCCCUUAUAGUAAAUUAAUAUAAAAACCUUAUUUUAGUAAAACUAGCAUCUAGUUUCUAAUGAUUUUUUUGUUUAUUUCUUGUACAAUUAGGAUAAAAUAAAAUUAUUUAGUAACUUUUUGAAAUAAAUCUCUUUU